GCGGCGGCGGGCUGCCCAGCCGCGGCUGGGUGCAGACACUGGGGUGGCGCGGCGCGGAGCGGCCGGGGCCGCGCACACUCGGCCCCCAGCGUGCAGGCCGGGACCGAUUUCACGCAGUUGCCUGUGACAGCUCCUGUUGAGUAAACUGAGACGGGAACAUCUGGUGUUGGCUUUUGUACCUGUACCUGCCACGAUGAGAAGUUGCUUAAGAUCUUUUUGGAUUCCUGUCUAAUUGGUCCAUGUUUCUGAAUUCUUCCUUGUAACCUUUGCAAGCAGACAAAAUGAAGUUGAAGCAUAAUAUCAACCCUAUUCUUCUACAGUUUAUAAACUUUAUAAUUUUGGUGUACUCCUUUGUAACAUACAUUCCGUGGUACAUAUUUUCAGGAUCAAGGCAGGCCAUAGCAAAAGCCAAGCAGGUUAAAGCUAAACCUGUGAAUAACAAGCCUGGGAGUGCAUACAGAUCUGUUAACAGUCUACAUUGCUUAGCUUCAGUUUUAUAUCCUGGGUGUGAUACACUUGACAAAGUUUUUAAAUAUGCUAAAACUAAAUUUAAGGACAAAAAACUCUUGGGAACACGUGAAAUCCUAAAAGAGGAAGAUGAAAUCCAGCCAUCAGGAAAGGUUUUUAAAAAGGUCAUCCUUGGCAAGUACACCUGGCUUUCAUAUGAAGAUGUAUACAUUAAAGCUGUUAAUUUUGGAAAUGGCUUAGCAGCAUUGGGUCAGCAACCAAAGACUAACAUUGCUAUCUUUUGUGAGACUAGAGCUGAGUGGAUGAUUGCAGCACAAGCCUGCUUUAUGUGCAAUUACCAGCUUGUUACGCUGUAUGCUACUCUGGGAGGCCCAGCAAUAGUGCAUGGGCUGAAUGAAACAGAGGUGACCACCAUCAUUACUAGUAAAGAAUUGAUGCAAACAAAACUGCAGGAAAUUGUUUCUCAAGUUCCACUGCUGCGACAUAUUAUUACAGUGGAUGGCAAACCAACAACAUGGUCAGAGUUUCCCAAGGGUGUCAUUGUUCAUACUAUGGCUUCUGUGCAAGCUAUGGGGGCCAAGGCAGAUACUGGAAACAAACAGCAGGCCAGGCCUGUGCCCUCUGAUAUCGCAGUGAUCAUGUACACAAGUGGAUCCACAGGAGUUCCCAAAGGAGUUAUGAUCUCCCAUUGCAACAUAAUUGCUGGGAUAACUGGAAUGGCUGAGAGGAUUCCAAAUCUGGGGGAAAAAGAUAUCUAUAUUGGCUAUUUGCCUCUUGCCCAUGUUCUGGAGCUGAGUGCUGAACUUGUGUGUCUGUCUCAUGGAUGCCGCAUUGGUUACUCUUCACCUCAGACACUAGCUGACCAGUCCUCUAAAAUAAAGAAAGGAAGCAAAGGUGAUGUUACGACACUGAAGCCAACCCUAAUGGCAGCUGUCCCGGAAAUUAUGGAUCGGAUCUACAAAAACGUCAUGAACAAAGUGAAUGAAAUGACUGCUUUCCAGCGGAAUCUGUUUAUAUUGGCCUACAACUACAAAAUGGAACAGAUUUCCAAAGGUUACACUACCCCGCUCUGUGAUAGCCUUAUUUUCCGGAAAGUACGAAUGCUGCUAGGUGGAAAAAUUCGCAUCCUGCUUUGUGGAGGAGCUCCACUCUCUGCAGCAACUCAGCGGUUUAUGAACAUUUGUUUCUGUUGCCCUGUAGGACAGGGGUAUGGACUAACUGAGUCAUCUGGAGCUGGAACGAUCAUGGAAGUUUGGGACUACACUACAGGGAGAGUGGGAGCACCUUUGGUCUGUUGUGAAAUCAAGUUAAUGAACUGGGAAGAAGGUGGAUAUUACAACACUGAUAAACCAUAUCCUAGAGGUGAGAUUCUUAUCGGAGGGCCAAAUGUGACUGUGGGCUACUACAAAAAUGAAGUACGAACCAAAAAAGAUUUCUCUGUUGAUGAGAAUGGGCAGAGGUGGCUCCAUACUGGCGACAUCGGAGAGUUUCAUCAAGAUGGAUGUCUAAAAAUUAUUGAUCGUAAAAAAGAUCUUGUAAAACUCCAGGCAGGAGAAUAUGUUUCUCUUGGCAAAGUAGAAGCAGCUCUAAAGAAUCUUCCACUGGUAGAUAAUAUUUGUGCAUAUGCAAGCAGCUUCCAUUCUUAUGUCAUUGGAUUUGUUGUGCCAAAUCAAAAGGAGCUUGCAGAACUAGCUCGAAAGAAAGGAUUUAAAGGAACCUGGGAAGAGAUCUGUAGCAGUCCUGAGAUGGAAAAAGAGGUACUGAAGGUGCUAGCUGAGGCUGCCAUGGCAGCUAAUCUGGAGAAGUUUGAAAUACCAGUAAAAAUCCGUCUGAGCCCUGAUCCUUGGACCCCUGAGACUGGUCUAGUGACAGAUGCGUUCAAGCUAAAACGCAAAGAGCUCACGGCAUACUAUCAGAUGGACAUUGAUCGAUUGUAUGGAAAAAAUGUAAAAUAAUUCUUUUUUUCUGCACCACUUUGCUACAGUCAGCUUGGAUCAAAUAGGAAAUACUUGAAUUGCCUGUCUCAACACUUGAGAUCAACACAGGAAACCACCAUUUCUCAUUUUCAGCUUAAACCAUUAUUUCUGAUAACAUCACCCUGAUGACUGGCAACUUUAGUAAAAUGCUAUGGCAGCAAACCUGCGUCUGUCUCCUUUUUUCCAGAGUUCUCUGCUACCUUGUCAGUCUGUGGAUUUUCCCCAAGUCUUUUCGGGAAACCAUGAUUCUGAAGCCUCAAGUUUUUAAACAUUUAUAAAUCCUGUAUAAUGUUUUAUUUGUAUCUUUAAAAUUUGGAUGUAUAUAAAGAGAACUUGGCUAUAUAAGGAAUGGUUAUACUGGGGGCCUUUUUUUACCUAAUUAUUUAAAGAUAAGAAGGUAUUGAUGUUGUGACAUUAUGUACCUUGAAAAUGCUUGUAACAAGGUCAUUGUCAAACAGAGGACCGUGUUAUUUGCUGCUGUGCUAUUUUUCUGUGUGAAUCUGAGGGAGAAAAUGUUUGACACUCCAGCUUUCUGUAAUACAGCUCUAAUAUGUGCCUAGUGGUUACCUUUAUUUUUAUCUGAAAAUGAAAAGAUGGUCAUGGCACAGCUCUGCAUAAAGGCAGGUACUCUUGCAGGUGUUAGUUGAUGCUUGUUUAAUACAAAAGAUGCUAUUAACACAGCAGAAGUUAAACCUAAGAAGAAUCUCUCAAAUACAGAAACUCCUUUUUGACAUGGCUCAUGACCAUUUCAUCUAGUAGUUGAAUUGUGUAAAGCUAAUAAGAACUCUCAGCAUUAAUUUCACUUAACACUUUGUAAGUUUGACAGUGUCCUCUCCUUUUAGCAGAGGGACUGUAACAACUUUUGUCGUUUCUCAUUAGGUUUGGACUUUACACUGGGUUUGCUCUUUCAUUGUUUGUGACAGUCUGGCAAAACCCCUGUUCUGCCUAGCUGCAACCCAAAUCUUACUGGGGGGAUUUUUAAAGUCAUAAUGACAGUUAUGUUCUCAGCUCACACAGUGCCUAGCUGCCCUUUGUGCCAUUAAAAAUCUCCCUUUAAUUCUCUGUUCUUUUAUUUAUAAUUUUUUGCUUUAAAAACAGAUACUUGAAGUAUUUGUCAGCCAGAGUUAUUUGUGUUGCUUGGUUUGUUACCCCCAGUUCUUACCUUGGGAGGGAAUUUCAGUUCCUGUUUUACUAUAGAUAUGUGAAUAUUGUUUGAAAAACUAUGGGAGAUCUUUUCCUCUUCAGAGAAUGUUUAGAUUUGUUUCAGAUGUGAAUUUUAUUUUCAAAAUAUUUCUAGAAAGAAUGUUUUAAACAGGGUUACAUGAGAAUGUGAAAAGGCAUACGUCAGUCAUCAAUUUUUUGGUGGAGCAAAUAUUAAAAUGGCUUUAAUUUGGAGAUUAUUCUUUCAUGUGUAUCAUUUACUCGUACUAAAAAUCAGGGUCUUGAUGCUCGCUUAGUACCCAGCUAUGGUAGUGUGUAGCAAUUCUGAAUGGCAGAAGCUUUGUUUGUGGGAGGGAGUUCCUGCUGUUAGCAUUUAUGACAUGGGAGCUAUGGGAGAUGUUUGAUAUACAAAUUUGCAUUUUAAAAACUUCUGAAAUAGUAUUUAACUGCUUUCUAUAAUCCAUUGAUCAUAGACAGCAGUUUCAUAGGAGUUGAAAGUUACCAAGCAGGUUCCUUGUAUUUUAAUUUUGAUGAAAUUACAGGGUUUGUGUUGUAUUUUAUUACAUUACCAUCUCUCCCACUGCUCAUGGAUUUCCCCUGCUGCUGUCUGUGAAUAACUGUUACCAUUUGGUGAGUUUGGGUGUAACUAGUCAAAUGGAAAUAGAAGCAAUAAAAAGAAAUCAGAACUGCAUUUAUGAGAUUAAUGCCUUGCUAUAUCAUAGAUCAUAAAUUAAAACCUUCUGGCAAAUACAGUUAAGACUAAUGUUAGAAAAUGACUGAAGAAUCCAGAUUCCAGAUGUGGAACUUGCCAAGUCUGUAGGGAAGUGUCACACCAUAUAUUAGACAUUACUAAUACUUCAGUAUGUAUCUGUGCUCCAUCAACAGGUUCUUAAAUAGUUUGCACUCAGAAUAGGAUGUACAUUGUUCACAUUUUUUUUUUUGGUGACUAUUUUAGUGAAAAUGAAUAAAUUGCAGAAGUACUAUGUAUAUCACUUGGUGCAUUGUGCAGCAGAUUGAAGAAAAUAAAUCUGUCUUUGGUUAAUUCAGCAAUCUGAAGUUAGUAUUUUAUUCUGCUAAGGGUUUAGAUCCACUUUUGGGUAAAUUGCAUAAAGGAAAUUUUGGAAUGGUUUGAAAAUGGUAGUUUUAAUAUUUCUUGUAAUCCAGUCACAAGAUAGGGUUGCAGUCCAUCUGUGCAUUUGAGUUUACAGUUCAGGGGUUUUAUAUUUAAAAUGGAUAUCAAUAUAUGUAAUUCCUCCUUUAGACAUCAGAUUUGUUGUGGAAAUUUCUCUCUUCUACAGAAUAUGAAAAUAAAGCAGUUCAUAAACUUUAGUCUGAACGCUGGAAAUAGACUUUAAAAUAUUUGUAUGGGCUUAAAAUAUUUGAGAGUUUUUUCUUUUGAUCUAUUAAAAAAGGACUUCACUAGUGCAAAAUUCUGAGUACUUCCAUGUCCCGUCCCAUUAAAGCCACCUGUCCUGUGGGUGCCCAUGCUUAUCAUUAAUUGACCAGGCCUAUAAUGGGAUGGUAAGCCACAGCUGCUAUUGCUGCUGUUCAGGUGCUGAGCUUCCUUGCUCUGGCAGUCUUAGUCCUGCAGGCUGCUCUGCCUUUCAGGUACUUUGGCUACCACCAUAUUCGCACUCUGCUCUUGUGUUUGUGAGCAGCAAGAUGAUUUUAGGGGUGUUUGUUGCAACCCUGCAUGGAUGCACUACAUAUCAGCCAGGAAUUUACCUGGUGUCUUUCUUUCUUUUACCUUUUUCCUGUGUGUCUUCCCAUACCCAGUGUAACAAGAACAGAAGUACCUGCUGGAAUGUGUAGCAUGUGUCCCAAAGGCUGUGGAGUAAAUUAGGAAAAGUGCAUAGUUGGAAGUUGUGAUCUCGAUCACAUGGGGGAUUUUGUAAUGGGAAGAGCUGCAAUUUUUUAACAGUCUUUCAAGAGUUCAAACUAAGAACAUAUACCUCACCUGAGUGGCCCCCAAAAGGGGGGAUUUUUAACAAAGCUUUUAUAUUUAUAAACUUCCCAGGACUCUGAAUCAUUGGAAAUUAUAACUACUUACUCUGUUGUGAAAUUUACAUAUUUCAUUAUAAAAAAUGACUGACCAAGAAAUUCCAAGGAUGUUGUGAAUAUUCUUCAAAUUCCCACAAUUAUUUAAGAAUAUUUCGGGACUUUAGGCUAAAUUCAACGUAGAUGUCAUAAGUGUUCUUUGCAAUGAAUAGUAUUUCUGGAGCAGGUUAGGAAGUUAAAAAAUUACAUGCCAAAAGUCCUUGCAAAAUUAUCGAUGCUGCUGCUACUGCAGUUUGCACACAAGCAGGACCAUACUUCAGUGAGAAGCUGUGUAUCAGCAGUAAAAUGUUUUGCUAAAAUAAAAGCAAAAAACUAUGUGCAGCUAAAACUAAGAAUAUGAUAUGUACCUACAUCCUACUGGUUUUAUAGAUAGGAUACAGAGACGGGUAUGGAAUUGAAACCAUGCAUAAAAAACAUCCUGUAAAGCUUGUAAGUUUAUGUGGAAAUUGCUAUAGGACAUAAGACUCCUUUGCAAUAACCUUUAUCCUGCUAAAAUUCACAAACUUUUAUUCUGUGCUAAAACUACAUCUGGGUGGCGCAAUGCAGCAUUUUUUAUUUUUAUUAAUGUGAUGUAUUAACUGUUUUGGAUUCAGUGUAAAAUUGUGUACAUCCGUUUCUUCACUGGUAAAAGAGGAACAAUCUCCAACUUGCAUACACCUUGGACCAGGCUGAAAAGUUAAUUGAAUGACCAGUUGUAUAUUAUUGAAUUGGUUAUUUAAUGAAAACUCAUUUUUAGUGUGAUCUUGGUUGUUACUAUGAACUGCCUGAACAUUGUAUAUCCUAAUUGAGUUAUAGUGUAUGAAUUAUUUAUUUGUAAUUGGAUAUCAUGUUACAAAAAUAAAAUUAAUUUCACAAAUCA